GCCCUGCACAGCCUGGAUCAGGAAGUGCGCAGGAAUGUGGCGCUGGCGCUUGGCAAGCAGGCCAAGGCUGGCGAUGACCCGGAUGCUGACCUGAGCGAGCGGCUUGAGGUUCGCACGGCCUGCAUGUGGGCUCUGGGGCAGCUGGAGCCGGAGGCGGUGAUGCCACACAUCCACAACCUCGACGAUGGUCUCUUUCACCGGAACCCGAGAUAUCGACUCGUCGCGACGCAAGCUCUCGCCAACCUCGGGCCGAAGGCGAUUCAAUCCCGGAAGGACCACCUGAUGGUGAUGGAGUCCACCGAUAGGGACGACGAUGUGUGGUGCCUAGGGCCUAGGGCUAACCAUACAGAUAUCGACCGACAUGCCUGCUUUUGA